ACUGUCGGCGCUGUCUGUGAUGUGAACAGUCAAACCAUAAUGGCGACUGCUGGGACAGCAGACUCGGGAUCGACAGCCCCGACAGAUAUUAGGACUCAGUUCUGGAGGAGAGCGUUACAGCGAGGGACCAGUGGCAUCCGAAAAAUGGCCCCUGCAGAGAUGCCUGGCUCUUCAGGCACAACCCAGAGUAUGAAGAAGACCAUUGGACACCGGGGGGUUGAGACUACCACAGGAGAGACCACCUAUAAAAAGACCACGUCAUCUGCCCUAAAAGGUGCCAUCCAGUUGGGCAUCACUCACACAGUUGGCAGCUUAAGCCAAAAGGCAGAAAGGGAUGUUCUCAUGCAGGACUUUGUGGUGGUCGAAAGCAUCUUCUUCCCCAGUGAAGGCAGUAACCUGACUCCCGCUCAUCACUACAGUGACUUUCGCUUUAAGACCUACGCUCCUAUUGCCUUCCGUUACUUCAGGGAACUCUUUGGCAUUCGGCCAGAUGACUACCUGUAUUCUCUGUGUAACGAGCCACUGAUCGAGCUGUCUAACCCCGGAGCCAGCGGAUCCAUCUUCUAUGUCUCUAGUGAUGACGAGUUCAUCAUCAAGACUGUUCAACACAAAGAGGCAGAGUUCCUCCAGAAACUCCUGCCUGGAUACUUCAUGAAUAUAAACCAAAACAAACGCACUCUGUUACCCAAGUUCUACGGACUAUAUUGUGUUCAGGCAGGGGGCAAGAAUAUCCGUAUUGUAGUGAUGAACAAUCUUCUGCCUCGGAUCAUCCCCAUGCACAUUAAAUACGACCUGAAGGGCUCCACCUAUAAGAGACGAGCUUCCGCUAAGGAGAGAGACAAGGCUGUUCCCACUCACAAAGACCUAGACUUUAUUCAGGACAUGCCUGAUGGCCUGCUGCUGGAAGCAGACAACUACAAUGCCCUGUGCAAGACUAUACAGAGGGACUGCUUGCUCUUGCAGAGUUUCAAGAUCAUGGAUUACAGUCUGUUGAUGGGCAUACACAACAUGGACCAGGCCAGUCGAGAGCGGGAGCGUGGUGUGGGCAAUUCGGGGGACAGCGGGGGGUCGGAGGGAGCAGUGACCCCAGAUCAGCGCCGGCCACAAGCCCAGAGAAGUCUGUACUGUACAGCCAUGGAGUCCAUUCAGGGGGAGGCUCGAGGGAAGGGGGCUUUGGAUUCAGAAGACCACAUGGGCGGUAUUCCAUCUCGUAAUUCUAAAGGAGAAAGGUUGCUGAUCUACAUCGGCAUCAUUGACAUUCUUCAGUCCUACAGGUUUAUUAAGAAGUUGGAGCACUCCUGGAAGGCCUUGGUCCACGAUGGGGACACAGUUUCAGUUCACAGACCUGGCUUCUAUGCAGAUCGUUUCCAGCAAUUCAUGUGCAACACUGUGUUCAAGAAAAUUCCACUAAAACCAUCACCGUCUAAGAAGAGUCGUGGCGGAGGUCAGGGAGGUCUUAGGAGGGCUCCCACUCUGGGAGCUCCCACCCCGCUCUCCCACGCAACAGGACAGUCAGGCGUUGACUCCAGAUUAGUCUACCACAGCCACUUUAAAAGCACAGACUCAGAGGCAGACAGCGGCAUGCAGUCGGGCAGACCAGAUCUUGUUCCGAGGACCCCUCCGCUGUUAGAAAACCCUGCUGACUGUGAGGCCAACCUGUCCACCUCAUCACUAGGCAGCGCAGGAGUUGCCUCCACCUCUCCUCCCCUACGGUCUGUAGGGGUGGAAGUGCACAAAUCAGCAAACACAGACCUUGACCAGGGUUCUUCUCACAGUUUUGGGGCAGAAGGGGAUCGUUCAGGCAACCUGUCUGGAAAUGAAGAUGUAGUUUCCCUCUCAGACAUCAUCCCUGAAACCAACAUUUGCUUUUAAAAACAAACCAGUGCCAUCUAAAGGCGAGGACGUUUCUGGAUGAGGUGAGGCAGGCAGAAGAAAGGAUAAAGAGAGCGAAAGUCACCCAUCCACCAUCCACUAUCCACUGCACCUCUUGUUUUCUCCCCCGUACAGUAUAUACAGGGAUUGCUGGAUGAAGCAGUGAGGUGCAGUGGAGGUUGUGGCAAUGAAGAAAACAGUGGUGGGAAGAUCAAGAAGAAGACGGUGUGUGGUAGGCUUCCCCAGCCACUGUCACUGUGCGCACACAUUUCCCCCCCCCAAUGUCUAAAGGCCAAUUGUCUUUCAUAUAAACCUGGAAAAAAGGCUUAUGACCCUGAAUGGGCAGCUCUUCAGUAGCAGAUUUACAUUGAUUAAACAAAGAGAUUCUGCUGCACCGACAUAAUAAACACAAUAAUUAGUUGUAUAUUGUAAAAAGCCCAUGCCCCAGUCACCAGUGGAUGGUGAAGGCAGUCAAAUUAUCCACGAAGACUUGGCCAUCGUGUCCACUUUACUCAGCAUGAAGCGAUGUGAGAUGGCACAGACAGCAGUUCAGCAGGAACACACACACACACACACCUAAGAGCACAUGAAGGGCAUAGCCGCCUGCAUUUGUAGGAGUGAAUAUUUCCCUGUGUUCAUGCACAGUCUAAGUGGGUUCACAUUUCCGUGAUUCACACUAAUGUUCCCAUUACCGCACAUCCUUUUCCCCUUCUCUUGAGCAGGGGCACUCUGAAGUGGUCAUCAUUUAAAUCAACUCAUGCUGCUGUCGACUCUGCAAUCAUGUAUACAUUUCUUUUUACUGAUUGUGGAUGUACAGUAUUUGUUUGAAAUUGGAUUUUGAAAUAGUGGAAGGAUGGGUUGAAACACCCACAGUCUUUUUUUUUUUUUUUUCCCACAUUUUUGUUUUAAGUUAUUCAGCUGGAAACCACAGUGGUGCUGCAAAGGUCCAGCCAGAUCUUGCCACUACUGAAUGUACAUUGCAAUGUUUUUCUUCUAUAGAAUGUGUCUUACUAACAUGGCAGACCACAUUUGUACAACCCUAAAAAAUCUCCCCCUCUGAUGUGACCAUAUGUGCUAAAGUAUAAAUGAAUACAGAGAAGAAGAGCUGUCCACAGCAUUGCUGGCCAGUAGAUGCUGUUAAAUGAAGUCAUACUGUUGAGCUAAUAGAACAGUAAUAACUCCCAGCUACUGUCAUGUGUCUGUCAUGUCUGUGCCUUUACAUGUUUGUCCCUGACAUGUGAUACGUAACUGACAUUUUUUUUUACAGGUUAGUGUUGUAGUCACACAGAGAAACCUGCCUUAUCACUACAGCUGAAGUCAUCAAAACUGCCAUUUGUAUGUCUGGAACAACCGUCAGUUGUUAGGGGUUAAAAGAAUUUCAGAUUUCAGAGAACACUAGUACAAUCCCUUCUUGGUUCUGUGUGUCCAAUAUUCAGUCACUGUGAUUCAUCAGCUCAGCUAAUCCUUUUAACUCUUCCGACAUCAGACAGUAAGGAUGUUAGUCUCUUAUUAAACAUUUCUGCUGGUUACAGAAAUGACACCCGCCCCCACAUCCACUCUUGGACCAAUAUUACUAACCGUGUGUAUUACUAAUUUUUUUUUACUCAGCUUUUACUCGGCUGUUCAUAAAAAUUGUGCUUUGUUGUUUUUAUCGGAUUGUUUAGGGCACUAAACAAGCUACUGAGGUGGCUGGCAGAGAGGGUCUUUACCCCAUGAAAUAUUUCUGAUACAGAAAUUUGAAUCACUACCAAGUGGCUGUAGCAAAACCCAAGAUCUUAGACAUCAUCUCACCUAAGGAAUUACUGUUUAUUGUUAGGCACAUGUGGUCUAUGCAGCAGAGAGGGAGAAGGGGAAAUGUGAGUUGUAAAUAUCGAAAGAAGGAAAACUACUCAUGUUCAUCAAUGCACAGUUGAGAAUUUAGGACUGAGUCUUCUGUAUUAUAAGCCAGUCACAGCACCAAAGAAAAGAGUUGGGAGUUUCUGUGAGUGUGCAAGAUCCAGUACAGUUAACAUGAAAAUGAAAUGAAACACUCCUGGACUGACGUUGUAUAUGGUAAUAACACUGGGUUGACCUGUGUUUUUAAGGAUCUAUUAUUAAACUGGAUGUUUGCUAGGUAAUUUCACGUCUGAUAAGCUGUAUCUGACCUAGUCCCUGUAAAGAUUUAUUUUUUAUUUAUCAAAAGAAUUGGUUUACAUUGUGGCCUGAGACAUUUCAAGAUUUAACUCCACAUUCCUGUGAAAUCCGAGUUCAAUUUACUACAAAUUGUGGUAGCUCUUAGAACCCAUUAUUUGUGUAGUUGAAAUGAUGUACUUGAUAUGAAUUAUUUCUGGUAUAAUGCUGACAUGUAAAAUAUUGAUUAUGUCAAAAAAGAUCAAUUUUAAAGUUGUGUCAAGUUGGUUGAGAGUCAAACAGCCACCAAAGAAAACACUCCAAGAAAUUCUUCCUCAUUAGAAAAAUUCAGAUUGUUUUGUAACACCUGCAUUUUGUGUUUUUCUUUUUUUCCUUUUCUUUUUAAUGGGUGGUACUGUGUAAUUGCUGGAUACAGACCAGUUCUGUCACAGUUGUUAUGUACUACACCAUGGCACAAACAGAAACAUCAUCCUUCGGUGCUUAAAGGGCGGCGCACUCAGUGUAGACACUACAAUAUAGUUGAAGUAAUGCAAUAUGAACCACAAUCUGCCACCCUUCAGCUCUAAGAAGUAUAUUUAUUAACAUGGUUGAUUGCUGCAGGCUGAAAUGAUAGAAGUUGUAUUAUGUACCUUUUAGAUGAUUGUACGUAUACUGACAGAAGGAUGUCUGAAACUUUAUAGCGUGUAUUGCUUAUGAAGGGGGACAAUGUGACAAUUUCACUUUUUAUAUUUCAUGUUUAGAUUAUGAUAUGAUAGAUUCUCUCCAUGAUGAUUCUGGGUUGUUAAUCUCCCACGCUUUUUCUACAUGAAUGUUUCACACGGCUCGCGAGCCAACGUUGCUGGUUGUCCUAUAUGCUUCAAUUACUAUAUUUUUACUGUGUAUAAAAUGUGUAUAUGUACAUAGGAGUCACGGAAAUGCCUUCUCAUGCAAUAUGUGCUGCCUGUCCCUCCUGCCAUGUUUCAGUUAUGUGGUGGUGAUUGUUUCCAUGUCUGAUUUUAAAGGAUUAAACAUAUUUUCUAAA